AUGAAUCGAAUUUGUAGGCCAUACUUGGACAAAUUCGUGAUAGUAUUCAUUGAUGACAUUCUGAUAUACUCUAGAAGUAAGGAUGAACAUGAGAAACAUCUGAGAAUAAUCUUGCAGUUACUUAGAGAUGAAAAGCUAUACGCUAAGUUUUCUAAGUGUGAAUUUUGGCUCCGACAAGUCCAAUUUCUUGGACACAUUGUGAACGAAGAAGGAAUUCAUGUAGAUCCAGCUAAGAUAGAAGCGAUCAAGAUAUGGGAAACGCCCAAAACACCUACAGAAGUGCAUAGCUUUCUAGGUUUAGCGGGCUAUUAUAGGAGGUUCAUCCAAGGAUUCUCUAAAAUUGUGGUGCCUUUGACCCAAAAGUCGAGAGAAUUCGAAUGGGGUGAAGAACAAGAGCAAGCGUUUCAAACGCUUAAGAACAUGUUGUGUGAAGCACCAAUACUAGCCUUGCCGGAUGGAAUGGAAGGAUCUGUAGUAUAUUGA